AUGGGAGACAGAAAUGUCGUUCCUGUUCGAGUACAAAAUGUACUUGAUAUGGAUAUCGUUCGACUCAAUUUAUGGUCCAUUCAGUUUGUAGACUCUGGUGUCAUACUUGAGGGAUUUGUUCGGAGUGAAGACGGAAAUAUGAUGCAGAAAGUUCGGUCCGGAAUGAUAUGUCGAAAAAGAUCAGAAACGAAGAAACAAGAGGAGCGAUUGGGAAAAAAGCGAUUUGAAGAGGAGCGAUUGGAAAAAGAACAACGCGAGCAGAAGUUACGAGCUGAGAAAGAAAAGGAAAGACGAGAAGCUGUUGCUGCCGCCGAAGCUGAAAAGAAACGGUUGGAGGAGGAAGAGGAUGCCGCAAACUACACCCUUCGUGUUCCUCAAUCACAAAGCGGGGAAGCAAUCACUCCAAUACGGUUCACACGUGGAAACGGACAGAAAGGUGCAAAUGUGCGACCGAUUUUCGAUAAAACUCCAGUUAGAGGAAAGCCAGUUGGACCACUGGCUUCGUCAACUCCUCAAGCGCCUCCUCCACAACAACGUCUGUCGAAUGUGGAAAAGAAACCGGCGUCUCCAGAGCCUCGACCACGGAUUCCUCAGCGUGAUCGCGAUGUUCAAUAUGCCAGUGAUGCCGAUUUGUUUGCUGUACCGAAACUUCCAGCUCCUAAAACCACCAAACCUUCUACUACCUCGGAACCCUCGACGGGGGGAGGCUUCGAUUUUCUUGAUGAGAUGGAUGAGCUUUUUGAUACUGUUGUGGUUGAACAAACACCUACGCGAAAUCGAAGACCGCCGGGAUGGUAUAGCAGAUCGCCAUCACCAAGACGUCGUCAACAUUCCCCACCAAGAGAUAGCUUCGAAUCUUCACGAUACUCCCAGAGAUAUAAUGAUAAUUAUAACACAAGCCGUAUGAGUAGGAGGGAUGACACAUUCCGAAGAAAUGACGAGAGGAGGGACGAAUUUAGAAUGAACAGGAAACGAGUAUAUGUAUGUGACCGUGGUCUAGUACGCAAGAGAAAAUACGUUUUUCAGAACAACUCUCCAGACGACUUUGAAUAUAGCAAUCGAUAUGAUGAUCGCAGUAGACGUCCAGAUUACUACGAUUCUGAUUCACUAUACGACUCGAAACGGUCUCGUCCUAGAGAGACUUCUUCGUCUUCUGGAAGAUCCGUGCGGUUCGAAGAUGACUAUCGACGAAAUCACUGCGAUCCAAGAAAUAGAAGUGAUUCCAGAGACUACAGAAGUUACGAUGAGUCUCGUAGAAAACCUGAAGAUCAUCGUGAGGACAAAAGAAAACUGAACGAUAUUCUGAGACGAGAGCAGGAGUUGGUGUCCCGUCUUCAGAACAGGAAAAAGUCUUCUGUUUCUUACCGUCCGGAACCAUCUUCAGAUGAAGAUGACAUGGCUGAUGAAUGGGACAGAGAGAAUCAGGAAAUUUUGGAUAACUCGAUGAUGUUCGGUGAUGGACUAUCGCAAAAGAAAAGACGAAGUGCGGGUCGCCCAUCUAAGCCGUCGAAAAAAGAACGUCAAGUUCAACCGAAACCUGUUCGAAAGCCGCCACAGCCGAAGAAGAAGAAGCAAAAAUCUCCACCUGAUGAACUCAAUGAUAGCAUCGCUUCUAACCGUCCUCGCCGUGCUUGUGUAACUCCGUCAACUCCUGCCCCGAAACGAAUUGUUUGGCCGAAAAGAGAUUUAGAUAGACUGAAACACACUAUCGGCUUGAAGAAGCCAGCUGGGUCUGAUGCCGAUUGGGCUGAAGUCACAAGAUUGCUGGCAAAAGAAGGUGUCGAUGCAGAGGUUGUCAAACAAGUUGCCAUUACAAGGCUCAAGUGGAAGGAACCUGCACAAGAUCCAGAAACUAUUCAGAGAGAAGAAGAGGAGGAGAAGAAAAGAAGACGUGGGGUUGCUGCUAGAGUUAAGGAAGGUGUCAAGCUACAUGAAGAGUUGAGACAACCAGGUGUAAAACGAGCUGAUAACUCUCAAACUGGUGUGGAAGCUAUGGAAGACUACGAACCGGACGAUGUCGCUGCUGACCAGUCGUUACUAGCUCUUCAGACUCCGGUAGGAGCAAAGAGAAAAGGUGGAACUAGAGCUUCUAUAAUGCCAGAGCCUGUAGAAGACUCACCAUUGGUUAGAAGAAAUAACUCAACUCUCAAUUCACCACGACUUGAUCAAACGAAAGCAAAAGAAGUGGAGACCACCCUCAAAUACGUUCAGCAUCUUUCCAUGAUGAAUGCUCAUCCUAGCUCGAGAGCUAACACUUCCUAUCACAAUAAGUCAUCGUCUCGUGGUGGUGGCAGCAAGAAUACAAGCAUGUCACUGGAUCAAGGAACUAGAAAAGCAUUGAAGAUAAUCAAUCGUGGAAGAACUAUUCACGAGGAAGAUGAAGACGAUGAAGAAGACGACGAGGAUCAAUAUGAAGAUGCCGUCGUUUACUAG